AAUAACGUGACAAAUAACAUUACGGCGUCCUGUAUUUUCACAAUAACAAUUCGAUUGAAACAAGGUCUCCUUAUCAAAAACCAAGACGCACUGGUGAUGCAGUCUGUAGCAGAGGGUCUGGAAUCUCUAGGGGUCGGGGACAAACAGGGAACGGAGUCAGCGAGGGAGGGGAAGGUGGAAGUAGACAAAGAACGAGACGAUCCGGGGCAAGAGGAGACCGAAACAAAUGAAGAGACAGAGAACGAUGGAGAAAGAAAAGGCAGUGACAAGGAAGACGGGCAUGAUCAAGAAAUGAAGAAGGAUGAUGUAAAGCAGGAAGGUGUAAAUACAGAAAAGGAAGAGGAGGAAUGGGAGGUGCCAUGCAGUGAUGAGGAAAUAGAGGAUCCCAAGAACUGGACGCCUCCACCUGUGGAAAUCAAGCGCCUGUAUGAGAUCCUAGCCAAGGGCGAUGGUCUGGAGCUGAACUGGCUCCCCCUGCCACGGCGUCCUCUCACCCCACAGUACACGCCCUCACCUGAGAGAGAUGUCGGCGACUCUGAGGAGGAACGAGAGAAGGAGGAGCGGCAGCGCAAGAUCCCCAGUCCCACAGAAUUUGACUUCGAUGACGAGCCUGCGCUCAACACACCCAAGAACACCUACAUCAACCGGCGUCGACUGCCAGGCUCCUCAGGCCGUUCUACCGUGCGCCGGGAGGCCCGGCUAGACAAGGUGCUAUCAGACAUGAAGAGGCACCGCAAGAUGGAGGAGCACAUUCUGCGCACAGGCCGUGACCUCUUCCGGAGCGAGCGGGGGCGGCCAGUGGAUGCAGGGGUACCCCUGUCCCCAAACUCACAGAAGGAGAGGGAGAAAGAGAGGGAGCGUGACAGCAACCCCAGUGCCAUUUUCUCCCCCAGACAGAGGCGAUACUGAGUGUGCAGCUGCUUGGAUGACCAGCCCGGGUCUGCUGGAAAUUGCCCUUUUGUUUGGGAAACAGGGGGCAGGGCAGACGGGGCUGUUAAUGGACAGGCCAGAAGGUGCCAGACAGCAGCUUCCGCCUCUCGUCACCAGAAAGCGUUGCCUUUCCAACGUACGUUUCUGGGAUUCAUUUUCAGUGAUCCCUUGCAGGGGGGUUAUUCCAACCCAGUCAAGCCAGCUUUUGCAUUCAAAGCAACAGGACUGAUUUUGUAAAUAAUACUUUUAUACAAUGUGUCUCCUUUGUCUUUCUAAUAAACUUUAUAAUAAUCUUAUAGUGGCAUGUAUCAUCUCAUCUCAUAUGACUCACUUU